GUAGCUGCGCGGCCUCCUUGGCCUGCGAGCGGCAUGGAGCCCGGCAAGAAAAGAACCAAAGAUGAUACAUGGAAAGCAGAUGACCUCAGAAAACACCUUGGGGCUGCACAUUUGGGUACUCCCAGGGAAGAUAAGAAACACAAGGAAAAGAAGCUACAUAAGGACUUGGAAACUGACCUCCCAGAGUCCAAGGAGCGGAAGCCCAGAGACCCAGACCGGGACACCAAGCACAGAGAGAGGGUGGUGGACAGAGAUGACCACAGCUCCAGGGAGCGUCCUCGUGAGGACAGAGACAAGGAGAGGCCACGGGAGAGGAGAAGGGAUGCCCGGGACCCUGAUGGAGAGAAAUUGAGGGACAAGGCCCGAGAGCGCGACACAGAGAAGCACCAGAGCAGAGUCAAGGACCCUGAAAGGGACUGCCGAGAGCACCGUGUGCGGAGGGAGGAGCCCAAGCCCGCCGCUGCGCACCACAAUCUGCCUGAGCACAGGGCGCGGUCAGUAAGUAAAGUAAGAACUGAAGAGAAGGAGAGGAGAGAUAAGGACUCUGAAAGAAGAGAUGAAGAGAGAGAAAGAAGGUACCGAGAAAGGAAGUUGCAGUAUGGUGACAGCAAGGACAACCCCCUGAAAUACUGGCUGUACAAAGAGGAGGGAGAAAGAAGACACCGGAGGCCCAAAGAGCCCGAUCGAGGAAAGAAGGUUCUAGAGAAAAGCAACACAAGAGAACGAAGAGAGAAGUAUUCAAAGGAGAAAAGCAGUUCACUCUCUGAAAAUGACAGGGACAAGAGACUCAGAGAAAAACAACACAAAGGUGCUCGCAUGGAGGAGGAGAGGCACCGAGGCAGCAUGGGCAGAAAAGAGAGGUCUUCGAAAGAGGAGCACAGGAAACGGGAGCCCAAGAAUGGUGAACACAGAAACCGAGGUGGAAGUUCAAAGAGAGACGGGACUGGUGGCCAGCAUCCAGAGACUGUAGUGAGGAACAAUGAAAAAGAUAAAGACUCGAGAAGGAAGCACAGCCUCGACGAGGGCCCUGCCACAUGGACACUGUCUCCCAGGCUGGAAAGUGAAGAUACUGGGGAAAUUGAAAAGGAUGACAUCAACUUAGAAAAUGUUGGCGCUGAUGACUACACAGCCAGUUUUGAAGAUGAUUUUGAAGACUAUGAAGAUGACUUUGAGGUCUGUGAUGGAGAUGAUGAUAAUAGCACUAAUGAACCGGAGUCCAGAGAGAAAACUGAAGAACUUUCUCCAGCCAGGAAAAAGGAGAUACAAGAAAUUCAAAAUGCCAUUAAUGCAGAAAAUGAGAGGAUUGGCAAGUUGUCUUCGAAGCUGUUUCAGAAGCAAGGCCGAAUGGAGCAUGAGAAGGACCCAGGGACAGAUGCAACCAAUUCACCUUCCAGAGCCCAUGUUUGUGGAAUUUUUGUGGAUUUUGCAACUGCCUCUCACCGUCAAAAGAAUCGGACGCUGACCCUCAAGCAAAAGACGCGCAGCACCAAGCUGCUUCGGCUUAUAGACCUGGACUUUUCACUCACAUUCUCACUCCUGGAUCUGCCACCAGUGAAUGAAUAUGACAUGUACAUCAGAAACUUCGGGAAGAAAAAUACCAAGCAGGCAUAUGUUCAGUGUAAUGACGACGAUGUGGAACGAGACAUUCAGACGGAGGAGAUAGAGACCAGGGAUGUCUGGACCCAGCACCCAGGGGAAGGCCCGGCAGUUUCUGGAGGGAGCAAGAGCAGAGACUCCUGUGAUGCUGCGGUUGUACCCAAGGUGGACACCCCGAGACUGUCCAGCUUCCUCCGGGCGGCCUGCCAGGUGGUGGCGGUUCUGCUGGAAGAGGAUCGCGUGGCAGCUGCACCCAGCUGGGACCCCGGGGCGCAGGACAGCACCCUGCCCCUCAGCGACAGCUCCUCUCAGCUGAACACCAGCCUGCCCUUCCUUCAGCAUCGGAGAGUGUCCUGCUUGCACGCCUCUCAGGCCCAGAGGGAGACGGUGGUGUCUGUUCAUGGUCUGCCUGGAAAGGCCGCUGUGCCCCCGCUGGACAGCAGAUGCCUGCUCUGUGUGUGGGACAUCCGCCAGCCCUCCGGACCUCAGAAGGUCCUGGUCUGUGAGUCACAGGCCACGUGCUGCUGCUUGAGCCCCUUCAAGGCCUUCCUGCUGUUCGCUGGCACUGUGCACGGCUCGGUCGUCGUGUGGGACCUAAGAGAAGACUCACGGAUACAUCGCUACGUGACACUGAGCGACUGCUUUUGGACGUUCAGGACAGCGACGUUUUCCACUGAUGGCGUCCUCACCUCCGUGAGCCACCGCAGCCCUCUGAGAGCCGUGGAGCCUGUCUCUGCGUCCGGCUGCAAGAAGCAGAGCUCUGUCCUCUCACCCUUUUCCACUCAGGAAGAAAUGUCGGGCUUGUCAUUCCACAUUGCCUCCUUGGACGAGAGUGGGGUUCUGAACGUGUGGGUGGUUGUCGAGUUACCGAAAGCAGAUGCUGCAGGCUCAGUAAGUGACUUAGGGCUGAUACCCGGAGGGAGGAUAAAACUGGUGCACAGCUCUGUGACUCGGCUGAGUGACAGCCUGUCCCACAGCGGUGAUGAGCACUGGGGAGCCCCACAGACGCUGAAUGUUAAGUUUCUGCCUUCAGACCCCAAUCACUUCGUCGUCGGCACCAGCAUGGGUCUCGUCAGCCACGGCACCAGGCAGGACCUGCGAGUCUGUCCCAGAGCCUUCAGACCCCAGCAGCCCGGCGCAAGGCCGGUGCAGGUGAAUGUGCUCGACUGCUCGCCCUUCGGAGAACCACUGUUCUUGGCCGGCUGCAGUGACGGGAGCAUCAGGCUGCACCAGCUGGCGUCCGAGCAGCCCCUCCUGCAGUGGGACCAGAGCACCGAGGGUCGCGCCGUCACCGGCCUGCAGUGGUCCCCGGCCAGGCCUGCUGUGUUCUUCGUCCAGGACGAGGCUUCCUGCAUUCACAUCUGGGACCUGCUGGAGAGCGAUCUGGGCCCCGUCGCCAAACAGCUCGUCUCCCCAGACAGGCUGGUGACCAUGACAGUCGUGGGCGAACCAGAGAAAACCAGUGGCGGCUUCCUGGCCCUGGUGCUGGCCAGAGCCUCGGGCCGAGUGGACGUCCAGCACUUGAAGAGGGCGUGGGCGGCUCCAGUGGCCGAGGAGCAGAGGAGACUGUGGCAGCUUCUGCAGGGAGCGCUUUAGGCAG